AUGGUUCGAUUUUUAUUAUAUUUUGUAGUUUUGGCGAUUUUCGGGCUCACCAAUGCAGCACGAGUAGUCAGGUCACCACAAGGUUUCGGGCAAGCCAGUGCUAACGCACAGGCUGGAUCUUUCGGAGGUGGCUUUAACAAAUUUGGUCCACCACCACCACCACCAGGAUAUGGCGGACCAGGUUUUGGUCCCAGAGGAUUUGGUCCUAGAGGACAUGGCCCCGGAGGAUUUGGUCCCGGAGGUUUUGGCCCUGGAAGUCGCGGCCCCGGUUUUGGACCUGGAGGUUUUGGACAGGGUGGCUUUGGACGUGGUCUUGGUGGUGGAUCCUUAAGUAUAUCUAAGAGUGUGAGCAUUAGCGCAGGACGCGGUGGUGCCUCUCAAGCAAGUUCGAAUGCUAAUUCCUUUGGAAAAUAA